AUGUCCAACACAAAUGAGUCUCAGACCAACGUCACUGCAGAACAGCAGUAUCAGGGGUUACUGGGAUUAUUGUUCUUUUCCACUGUGUCUACGGUGCCAUGCUGUGUGUUUCUCUUCAUUAAUGUGACCCUGUUAUUCACCUUGAGGAGUAAACCGGUGUUUCGUGAGACCUCCCGUUAUGUUUUUCUGUUUAACCUACUGUUUGCAGACACUGUACUGCUGGCACAUAGCCAGUUACUGUACCUACUGGCUGUUUGUAGAAUAAGGAUGACGUAUCCUGUGUGUGGGGUUUUUGCCCUUUUUGCCAGUCUCACAACUGUGAUCUCUCCUCUCACACUGGUGGUGAUGUCUCUGGAGAGAUAUGUAGCUGUGUGUUACCCGCUGAGGCACGCUACCAUCAUGACCAUCAGAAACACAGGGGUGGCUAUCGUUUUGGUUUGGGCCGUCAGUUCACUAAAUGUCCUCAUUCAAGCUAUUUUACUGUUAAAUUUUCCGUUUGAAGACCUGCAGAGCCUGCAGAUGAAAGACUUUUGUGACAAAGACAGCAUGUUGCUUGGCCCAAUGUCUGAUCUUUAUGACAAAGCCUUUACUGGUUUUCUGUUUGUUUCAGCUGGUGUGGCAAUCACUUGCUCGUAUAUUGGUGUGAUGGUAGCAGCCAGAUCAGCCUCUACGAACAGCGCUUCAGCCCGUAAAGCUCUUAACACACUGCUGCUGCAUCUGGUGCAGCUGGGCCUCAGUCUCUCCUCAACUGUGCACAAUCCAUUGCUCAUAGCUAUCUCAAAGGUCCUCGACAGGAUAAUAAUUGUACGCAUCCAAACGGUCCUUUAUAUGUGUAUUAUCAUCCUCCCAAGAUGUCUGAGUGCUCUAAUCUAUGGCAUCCGAGACCAGAACAUCAGACCCAUCCUAGUAUAUCAUCUCUGCUGUCAUUGGAAAUGUUCACCUUUGCGUUCAGUUGUCACAGCCAGGGCUAAAAUCAGCAUAUUUACCACUUCUUAA